AAUUAAAACUUUCAGCUAACAAUACGACUUAUGAAUAUGCUUAGGUUUUUGACACUGCUGAUCAUCACUGGGGCUACGGCCUCUCCAAUAAACAGUAAGUAUAAUACAGAACCACUGAGGAGCCUUGGAGAUAGCCCACUGUACCAUGAAGAUCUAUUCGAAGGUGACAUAGCAGGUGUGAAUCCCUAUGCUGAUCGUAAUGCCAUCGUCGAUCAUACUUUACUAUGGCCCGGAGGGAUUGUAUAUUAUGAGUUAGCACCCUCAGUAGAUAGCAUCCGUGACUACAUCCUUGACGGAAUGGAAGAGUACCAUAAGAAGACUUGCAUUCGGUUUGUAGAAAGAACCAGAGAAUCCAAAGAUUUUGUCAGGAUUGAAUGGUUAAAUGGAUGUUGGUCCAUGGUUGGCCGACAGGGAGGAAUGCAGCAGUUGUCCUUAGGAACAGGCUGUCACUGGAAAGGUUUGGUGGUCCACGAACUGGGGCAUGCUGUGGGGUUCUGGCAUGAGCAAAACAGAGCUGACAGGGAUGAAUACAUUGAAAUAUUCUGGGACAAUAUUAUACCAGGGUUGGAAUAUGCCUUUGACAAGCUUCAACCGUGGGAGAACAACUAUAUGAACGAAGAGUUUGAUUAUAAGUCUGUAAUGUUGUAUGGAGAGACAGCCUUUUCAAAAGAUGGUGUUUCACAAACCGUGAAACCCAAGAAACCGGGUGUAGUUAUUGGACUAGUGUGGAAGAAACCUGGGUUUAGUGCCAGCGACGUAAGGAGAGUAAACAGACUUUAUGAGUGCUUUGGUGAAGUCCGUCCUCCUCCACCAGAGGUUCCAGACUAUGUCUGUGACUUUGAAAAUGAUGAUUGUAAUAUCAAAAAUCAAGAAAACAUGCGUGGAAAAUUUGUAAGGAAAUACGAAACAAUUGGGGGUAGAACAGGUGAGUGUCUACGUCAUGAAAUUAGUGGAAAUAAGGAACGAGAGAUGAGUAAGUGA